ACACCCAUACACACAAACACACGCACCCAGCAGCUGCGCCGCCCAGCCUCCCUCUUCCUCCUUCUCUCUUCCGGCAGACGACGGCAGCCACCGCCGGACACGCCGCCGCCCCCUGACUCUCCUCUCCCUCGUCUCUACUCUCUCUUCCUCUGAAUCUCCGGUGCACAGCAGCAACAAGCCACUGUCACCAUCAAAUUCUCAACCCUCCGGACUCCCUCUGUUUCCAAGCAACGACGAUGAGACCGCCGCCGGUCUGAGCCCUAGCCUCCAGCCGGCAGCUCCCUUCGUUGCGCCUCCACCCGACGUCGCCGCGACCCACGCGGCGUCCCCAUCUUCGAACUUGCUUAUUGCUUUUCUGCUCAUAAAGAUGGCUCUAGUUGUUAUUUGUGGUCAGCCUUGCAGUGGGAAGUCAACAGCCGCGGCCUGCCUGGUUGAAGCCCUUCAAGAAACAGAAUCUAAGCCAUCAGUUCGGAUCGUUGACGAAUCUUCAUUUCACCUUACACGGAACGAAGGCUAUGCUAACAUGCCAUCAGAAAAGAAUUUAAGGGGAGUAUUGAGAUCCGAAGUUGAUAGGUCGCUGUCUAGAGACAAUAUUAUUAUAGUGGAUUCUUUGAACAGCAUAAAGGGGUACAGAUACGAGCUAUGGUGUCUGGCUCGGGCAGCUGGUACAAGAUAUUGUGUCGUGCAUUGUGAUAUUGAAGAGACAUACUGUCGGAAAUGGAAUGAAGAACGGAGGGAGAAAUCAGAGGCGAAUUAUGAUGAUAAAAUAUUUGAAGAUCUGGUUCGAAGGUUUGAGAGGCCGGACAGCAGAAACCGUUGGGAUUCACCGUUGUUUGAUCUAUGGCCCUCCCGAGAUGGGAUUGAAAUAUCGUCUGCUGCCAUAGUGGAUGCUGUGACAUACCUGACAAAAAGAGUAGACUCGAAAACCAAGGAUGUUAAAGUGUUGCAGCCCACUAUUGCAACACAGGGUGCACGGCUAACAGAGGCGAAUUCUCUCUACGAGUUAGAUAGAGCAACACUUGAGGUAAUGAACAUGAUCGUGGAAGCACAGUCCCGUGCAGUGGGAGGUCCCCUCAAUGGCGUGACUCUUGGACCGGGCUUACCUAGUGUUGAUAUUUCAAGGCAUGUUGGCCUCCCUGAGCUGCGUAGGCUCAGACGAACUUUCAUAAAAUUAACAGGGCAGUCGAGCUUGAGUGGUCCGCCACCACCGUCAGAUGCUGAUAGUGCAAAGAGGAUGUUUGUGGAUUACUUGAACAGGGAAUUAGGAAAUAGUUAAGAGGAAGAGGCGGAUUGCAUUCUAGGAAUGAAUACACAUUUGCAUUCUCCUUGGAAAGGAUAUAUUGGAGCAAGCAUGCCAUGAUUUUGAGCUGAGGUGCGCUAGCAUUGCAAUGAUAAAAUAAAUAAGCUUGUUUCUCCAAAGAUCAUGUGCUUUAUGUUUCUUGUAUUAUGGUUUGUAAUUGAAUAUAUAUGUGAUUAAGACAUAUAUGCAACUUACUUUUCCCAUCCA